CCCCACUUCAAAUCUGAUUUCUGCCACCGCCAGAUUGUGCAUACUGUCAUGAACUAAGAAUCAAUUUGUUUCAUUGAUCGAUGGAGAAACCACAGCCCAGUAGGUCAUCCUCCUAUUAAUAUGGAGACGGCAAAUUAAUUAGUUCGAUGAGAUAUUUGUUACCGUCGUUCUAGCGUUUCGAGAUUUUAUCGUGCAAACGUCAAGUUCAUAUUUUCAGUCGACAUGCACGGAUCAAUAACUGCAUUUAUCCACGUUUUUAGUUAACACCCAACAAUCUACAAGAAAGAAAGUGGUUUACUAACUUUCAUUGUGUACGUGCAUUUAAAAUCAUUUAUGCGAUUUUAGUACUGGACAACUUGAAUGCUUAAAGUCAUUGGUUAUUAUCACCAUGAAACUCUUACGUGUUUUGAGGAUUGCUUUCAAAUUAACGAUAGUUGCAAAAAUGUUUUACUUUUGUCGUGGUGACGUACCAGAGAAUUACUCGCCUCGCGGUUCGUGUACCGCCAGCGAAGAUAGGACCGUACGAUUGGCAAACGGCACCAAUCCGUCUGAAGGGAUCGUUGAGGUUUGUGUAAACGGGACCCGGGGACACGUGUGCGGUGCAUCCUGGGACAUGGCUGAUGCUAAUGUCGUCUGCUUGAGUCUUGGUUUUACCAGGGCGAUUCGAUCAUUUACUGAAGUACCAACUGAGUUCAUCAAUGACGAAAUAGUGCUCUAUAACGUGGAUUGCAGAGGGGAUGAAUCCAGUCUCUUUCAUUGCCCACAUGAUGUAAACCUCACAAGGAAUUGUUACUUGGAUAAAACGGCUGGCAUAGAGUGUUCAAACGAUGGUGGUAAAUUUACCCAUUCCCUGAUCAUGAUAUACAGUGUAUAA